AUGAUUGUGAACUGGUGGACAUUCCACAAGCUUGAUAAGGAGAAAUUUUGGUUGGGUGGAAAAUUUGUGGUACAUGGAGUUCAUACCAUGUGGAAACGACCACUAAUAACCAAAUGGAGUUGGUGGAGGACGUCUGCAAAGCCUUGUGAAGACUCUUACUCAGAAAUCAUUAAACAAUAUCGCUCAAGUAAAUAUAUAAAUGUCACGAAAUUGAUAGAAACUCAUCUUGCAAAUGGCGAAGGAGUAAAGCGUUGUUUUAACACGUGGUCAGAUCUAUUUUAUGUACCCAAGAAGUUCAGUGAUCAGUGGCAGCGGAUCUCUACUGUGUUUCAUAAAAAUCGAGUAUUUUUGGAAGUUUCAGUGCCGACCAUUAUGAGUUUCAUAGACUUACAAAGUUCAUGGGAAUUUCAUUUGGGGUUGUAUCUACCGGACAAGUAUGGCUGGCGUAGGUUUCAUGAUGGAAAAUUAGUUUGGGAAAGUUAUAAUUAUACUAUUAAAUUUAUGCAUCCUGUUAAAUAUCAUACGGCCGUAUCGAAAAUUAACGUAGAAAAGUUAAAGAAUGACGUAAUUCCUUAUUCUAAACGGUUCUUAAAAUGUUAGAAAUAUUCUAAAGAGAAGGUCGAGACUUUGGGGCAUUUUGUUUAAUGAAAACUUACAGUAGACAUCUUUUUCUUGUAGAAUGAUGGAAUGUUCGAACGCAAAUGUAUAAAUCAUAUGUUUUUAAUCCCAACCAGGAGCAAAUACGUACAAAAAGAUGCUCUGACACACUGAUUUUAGUCACUUAAUCUUUCAGCAUCGCGUUUGAAAACGAACCGUGGUUAAAUACUGAUCGUAAUGCAGCCACAGAUUCAUGAAAUUAGAAACGUGUUAUGUUAAACCAAAAUGUUCAAGCCUGUAAUUGUUUAUGCAUCAAUUAGAAGAUCUUGGUUAACAUAUAUCACGCUUCUAUUUUCAUGAUUUAUGAAUUUGUUGCGUAGACUAUAAUAUAUUUAAUAAUUAACCUCGGUUCGUCUUCAAAAUUCAAACGCCCAUGUUGAAAGAUUUGGUGGUCAAAAUCAGUGUGUCGCAGCAUCUUUUUGUAGCGUAUUUUACAAAUUGAAGCCUCAGAGGUUGAAAAUCUUUCUUGGAAAAGUAACACUGAGAGUAUAUGUAGUAAAAUAUCAUCUGGUAUAUAUGCUCUCAAACAAAUUAAAACGUUUGUUGAUAUAAAAACACUCGUAUCGGUAUACAAUGCUUUGAUCCAAACCUAUUUCAGUCAUUGUUGUGAAGUAUGGGAUGUAUUUGGCGAAACCCAAUCUAAACGUCUGCAAAAGCUUCAAAACAGAGCAGCUCGCAUCAUAGUAAGUGUACCGAACGAUGUUGAUCAGCAAACUGUAUUGGAUUUAUUAGGAUGGAAAACAUUAAAAGAACAACGAUUAAAAACUAAAGCGAUAACGAUGUUUGAGAUACUUCAUAAUAUGGGGCCAAAAUGCCUCAAAGACUUAUUCAUUUCCAAAAAAAAUUAAAUAUUAAAUCAUAAUCUCCGUGACAGCUCAACCACAUUACGGUUGCCAAAGCCACGUACGAACAGUUUAAAAAAGAGUUUCAUGUAUGACGGCAGGGGCGACUGAAGUAAAAACUGCCUAUUUAAUUAAAAAAAAGUCGACUCCAGCUAUCUAUAGCGGCCAGUAGAUCGAGUUUUUAAAAUUUUGAAUCAUAAUCCGCCCGUGCGGGCAAAGCGACUGCAAUGGAAAAUGGCCUUUAGAGGUGAAAAGCAAGUGCGCUAACCACUUCGCUACCGAAGCCCCGUUUUUCUAAAUUGUCGUAAAGAUAAAAUAAUCUAGGC